GUACGGUAAAGCUUUUUAACCAUUCACUAGAAAGUAGGUAACUUGCCCAUUGCCUUGGCUAAUAUAGAUAGGUAAGUUAUAAGGAGACGCCGCGCAAUACACCAACAAAACGGCACGGUUCUCCUGCCUAGCCAGCCGUGUCAGAUGAAUAUCUAGAUAAUCAAACCUGUUUCGCCUAAUCUUUCUCUUUCAAUGAUCUAGAAGACGCGUCAUAUGAAACAGCGAAUAGUCUGUUCGCCUUUCUCGGUAUCUGCUUUUAGUGGCUCGGAUGGCAUCCUACUUGGGACCUUUAAAGCUGCUAGGUAGAUGUCAAGAAGUUCAGCUGGUCCACCUACACUUUUAACGCAAGCAGUCAUGUCCAAACACGAGGGUCACCAAGCCCUACCGUGGAAACGUCGCAGUCAGCCAAGGGAGCGUUCAAAGCCUACCCCAACAUCCUCGGUAGUUUUUCAUGGAAGAGAAAAAUCUCGUCUCGCCUUCCUACCAUGGGAACUUCAGCUCAUGAUCAUAUCGCAACUCGACGUGCGAGCCGCUCUAAACCUUCGCCAGACCUGCCGACUGUACUACCAGUACCUCACGCCGGCCGUCAUCCAGAAGAUAUUCACUGAAAACGGCUACAUCACCUUUGAUCUGUUGAACUGCUGCAACGAGUGUCUGGCCACCCCCGUUAUAGGCUACCUCGUCCUUGACGACUCGCGACAGCGCGAUCCAUGGCGGUCCAUGUGCUUCCGCUGCUGGCGUGUCAAGCGCAGUCCCGCGUUCUAUAGCCAGCCGGACACCAUGGUUACGUUUGUCAACGGCAGGAGCGGCCACGUAUGUGUGCUCUGCGGCUGGCCCGUGUAUGUGUACACCGUUCAUCCGCCGUGUCGCAGAAUGAUGCUGGCGAUAGAGUCUGUAUGGUGCGGUGUCAGCGGUCUUUACUUUUGCAUUAUGGUCCUCGCAGUCGCAAUGGCCUGGUCUAAGUAUCCUGACGACUCGACAGUUAAAUAUCCCGUCACGUUCAACUUCAUCCUCUCCUUUGCAUAUUUAAUCCUGUUGGUCUUAGAUCUCAUGGAAUUAAAUACGUCUCGCUGGCGGCUGCCCCUGGAGCUAUUUUCGACCAUUGUUUGGAUGCCGACCGUGUUCCGGAUGGCGCAGGAGAUCAUGGACAAAGGAGCGAGCUGGAGCUUCUACCCAAUUCUCGUCUGUGGGAUCUUUGCUGCCAAUGUGGUUUCACAUAUCUUGCAUCUUAUAGGAGUUGCCAUUCUAUCUUACGGGUACGAUUCUAGAAGCCCGGCCAUCCCGGGAUUGUCGAUUACACGCAAGUGCCUAUAUAUUUUAUGCUCUUUUAUGGCGUAUUGGGCUCGUUCUAAAUACCGCUAAACUUUGGCUCAGGAGGUCUGGGGAUUAGCCUGCCACACAACUGAUAGACUUGGCAGUGUAUGUUCACAAUUAAGAUCCAAGGAUAAACUUUCGUUACUGGCUGGAAAUAUAAAUAAAUACAAGAUUACAUUGCGUCGUAC